AUGGGCAACGGGUUGUCCAGUGAGAUGGAAAUUUUUGCCAAGGGAGAAAUGGAAGCAGAACUCAAGCGACUUGGUGGCACGGGUGACGCCAAUGUGAAGCAGUUGCUGGAAAAAGGGUAUUACAAUGUCGUACAAUUGGUGAUCCGUCCAACACGUUCACUUUACAAUGUCGAUACCCUUGGACCCGAACGCUUUCAAGUUCAAGAGCUUCAUUUGAACCUGACGCAGGACGGCAUCACUGAGGUUAGACGCAAAGACUUUGACGUGAUCAAUGAGCGCGGCCUGCGCGUGUGCUGCUCUCACUGGCAGCACUUUAUUCGAGACAAUAGCACGCCCUUAGUCACACCCUGUUUAAUCUACUUGCACUCCAAUAUCGGCUCGAGACUUGAUGCUCUUCGUGUACGUGACGCCGCUCUGAUGCGCAGCUUUUCGGUCUUAGCUUUUGACUGCUGUGGCUCAGGUCUGUCGGACGGCAUCUUUGUGACCAUGGGCUGGAAUGAGACCUUGGAUUUAUUUGCUGUGCUACAAAGUGUUGAGACAGAUGCAUCCGUCUCGGAUGUUUGUCUCUAUGCACACAGUAUGGGAGCGUUUCCUGCUGUGACGAAUCUGGCGCUUCGAGCCGCAGGAGCAGCAAACAAGAAGAUGCAGGCGAAACUGGAGACGCUGCCGCAUGUGCUGCGUACUGGACCGAUAUUGAUCAAGCCUAUUCGUGCUAUUGUCCUGGACAGUGGGUACGCAUCGAUGAAAGAGGUGAAUGAGGGAUUGUUACGGGAACUGCAACACGAGGGCUUUGCUGUGCCUAAGACGGUCUUGAAGGUCGCCAUGACUGCUAUCAACAAGAGCGUGAAAAAGCGCACGGAUGUGGAUUUCGAACUGUUGCGUCCUGUGGACUUUGUGGAGCUCUGCUAUGCCCCUGCUCUCUUUGUGGUUGCACAGAAUGAUCGCUAUGUGUCCAAGCAACAAAGUGCCGAGCUUGCGAGCAAGUAUGCAGGGCCGUCCAAAAUACUACGCGUGGAGGGAAAGCACUACGACCCACGUGAUCCUGCCACGUACACGCAGGCAGUGGACUUCCUCUACGAUACGAUGCAUCCAAAGAUAGUUAGCUAA